CAUCAGAAGCAACUGGAAAAAAGGAAAAAUAAUUUAAAAAAAAAAAAACCUUGUAAGAACCAAAUAUUUUCUUUUGCUUGCUAAAAGCAGCACUAAAGGUUCUUUCAAAUUCUAUACCAGACAUGAACAAGCUAUCUUGUACUCCGCAGGCCUUAUAUUCUCCUUUUUGCAUUAUUUACGCAGCAAUUCGUUUGAUCUUCCUCGGAGUCAUAAAAUCAAGAACCAUAUCCAGUGAAGGAAAAGUAACCAACAUAACACCAGAAUCACUACCAGAGGUGAAGGUCACACUUCCUUUGAAGUUGAUAUUUGAACACGAAAUCUUUGCUAAUAGCAAGUGUAGUAUAUUAGAGCUAGCUCAACUUCCAAAAAUCAUGCUUGGUGAAGGUACCUUAGGGUCUUUGUUCAAGGUAAUUCUUAACUGUGGACACUUAGUUACAGUUCGAAUGAUCAGGGAAAGAUUGGUUAAACCAGAUGAAAUGGAGUCCUGGAUUAAUUUCUUUGCAGGAAUUCGUAACUCUUUGCUCUUGCCAAUGUAUUGUGGUUUCUGGUAUGGUGGAGAAGCCUUUCUUGUUCACGAGUAUUUGUGCAUAGGAAGUCUUCAAGAGCUUUUACAUGGGUGCGAAGGAAUUCAAUUUACUCCAUUGAGCUGGGAAGUAAGAAAGCACCUAGCAAAAUGUGCAGCAAUGGCAGUAGCCUUCAUGCAUAACCAGGUUACAAAAAGAGGCAACAAUCUUGUUUGUGGGGUGGUUAAGUCCAGCAAUAUCUUGAUUCGGACCGAUUUCUCUGCCUGUCUCUCAGGCUACGAAACGCCUUACCUUGUACCUCCAGCAACCAUCAUCAGAAGAAAUCCUGGAAGAGUUGCACCUGAACUAGCAUCAAAUUAUCAAAGUUAUCCGAAAAUGUUUACGCCUAAAUCUGAUGUUUAUAGCUUUGGAAUUCUACUGUUGGAGCUUAUCACUGGGAAGAGACCUACAAUUACCAACUUAGGUGAAUAUGUGAAAGAAAAAGGAAAGAGAGAAGGAUUAAAAGGUAUAUGUGACAAAAAAAUGGGAGAAGUAAAGGAAUACUGUGUGAGAGAAAUGAUUGCAAUUGCUCAAGUUUGCAUUUCUCAGAAUCCUAAAAACCGGCCUUCCAUGGAUAGAGUGGUGGAAAUGCUUCAAGAAAUUGAGGACUAAAAUAAAGAGCCAAUUUUUUUCACUGUAAUAAGUAUAUGUAUUGUGUAGUUAUAUGUAUAAGAGAAUGCUGAAAAUGCAUUUUAAG